AUGACUGCAAGUGGAGCCUCGGUUUCAGGGGUCGUGUCGGACACGACAACGACACAGCUCCCCGGAGGGGAAUUGCAGCAUGGUGUUCACGAGAGCCUGUACUCUCCGCGCACUCCCUCUCCACCACCACCACAGUCCUCUUCCCUCAGGCAGACGAUGACUCCGAGCCCAGACCGCAAACGAGUGCGCUGGAGUCCCGUUGUCGAAGAGUUCACAGUGGGCCAUACGCGGCAGAGCUCAGCCGGGUCUAGCUCGUCUUGGGCAUCUUCGUCCCCGCCCACUAGCGGGAGCGGACCCCAUCCUCCACCCCUCUACAAACCGGCGGACACGACACCGCCGACCCCACUCAUCUCGCAACCGAUCCCACUCCCGGACGACGAAGACGAAGACGACGGCGAACACGAAGCCAACGGCGGUGAGACGGAACCGACCAUCAACGGGUGUCUCAGUGUGAUGCAGCUCGACCUGUCCCUCCCGUCGCGUACAUUCCGCAGCGAGCUCGGGCCGCACCAAGCCCUGCUCGACACCGCGGCCUGCGACCCGCCGGCGGACGUGCUGUUCCUCCGCGUCGACGCGGGGCUGGUGAAAGCCAAGAUCGAGGUGCGCUCGCACGCGGGGUCCGGCGCAGCAGUCACGGUCGGGGACGUGCUGAGCACCCUGCAUGCCGAGCUGCGCAGGCCCGAUGGCGGAGGCACGCCUGCGGACGCGGUGCCGUAUGCCCAGCAGCGCAUCGCGGCGGAGGGCGGAGGUGCGCGUAUCGUCGACCACUUGCUGGGGCGGACGGUGCUGGCUGGGCUGCAUCGGCAGGUGGGACAGGGUGAUAACCAUUGGCAGGUCGAUCUGGUGUCGUCACCGGCACCCCACGACGGGCAUGUAUUCUCCCAUCUUCCAGGCGCCAUUGCGCGGCGUGUUGUAUAA